AUGGCCCCCGAGCGGCCGCGGCAAAAGCUAUGCAUCUUCCUCCUCGCCGCCUUGGCGUGCUCGCUGCGCGCAGGCGCCGCCGCGGCGAACACGUCCACGUCCACCCUGGCCAUCCGGCUCAAGCCGCCAUCGAAGCCGAGGCACGGCAGCACGAGGCAGCACCGACCGGGUCCGCGAGGGAGCCACGCCGGCAGCGGGAUGGCGUCAUGCAACAUGUUCCAGGGCAGCUGGGUGUACGACGAUGCGCUGCCGAUGUACGACGCGGCGGGCUGCCCCUUCGUGGAGCCGGAGUUCGACUGCCAGAAGUACGGCCGCCCCGACAAGCUCUACCUCAAGUACCGGUGGCGCCCCGCCUCCUGCGAGCUCCCGAGGUUCGACGGGCGGGACUUGCUGAGCAGAUGGAAGGGAAAGAAGGUACUGUUCGUGGGGGACUCCAUCAGCCUGAACCAAUGGGAGUCGCUGGUGUGCAUGCUGCACGCGGCCGCCCCGUCCUCCAGGACCAGCUACAGCAGGGGCAACCCCGUCUCCACCGUCACGUUCCAGGACUACGGGCUGUCGGUGGCGUACUACCGGAGCACCUACCUGGUGGACAUCGUCGAGGAGUCCAUCGGCCGGGUGCUGAAGCUCGACUCCAUCUCCGGCGACGCGUGGCUCGGCACCGACAUGCUCGUCUUCAACACUUGGCACUGGUGGACCCACACCGGCAAGGACCAACCAUGGGACUAUGUGCAAGAUGGGGCUCAGGUCAUGAAGGACAUGGACCGGCUCACGGCCUUCUCCAAGGGGAUGUCCACGUGGGCCAGAUGGGUGGACUCAAACGUGGACACCUCCAAGACCAAGGUCUAUUUCCAGGGCAUCUCUCCGACACACUUCAAUGGAGCGCAGUGGGGGGAGAGCUCGAGCAGCUGCGCACACCAGACGCAGCCGAUCGCGGGGCCGACGUACCCGGGCGGGCCGCUUCCGGCGCAGGGCGCGGUGCGGAACGCGCUCGGCGGCAUGUCGAAGCCGGUGUUCCUGUUGGACAUCACGCUGCUGUCGCAGCUGAGGAGGGACGCGCACCCGUCGGCGUACAGCGGCGGCCACCCGAGCAACGACUGCAGCCACUGGUGCCUUGCCGGCCUGCCCGACACCUGGAACCAGAUCCUCUAUGCCUCGCUCCUUGCAUAGGGGACCAACAAAGGGUGGGACGUGCGUGACCGCAAUUUUUGUCAUGCUGCUCUUCUUUCAUAGUAACGUUAUUUCUUUUAUUUACGGGUGAGUGUUUAAAUUGGUGUUCAAUACCAGGUUGGUCAAUCAAAGAGAAAUUAUGUUUCGGCUGUCCCCUCACAA